AUGGCAAAUGAAAAGGCGUUACUAUGGAGUGAGGCUUGCACCUAUAAGGAGCUGCUGCUGGCUAAGAGACUUAUCCAAGAAGGUGAGACGCCAUGGGAGCUGCUUUUUGUCAUGAAAAGGAGGCAGAAGUCCUCCAUUGUUAACAGUUGCUAUGUUUUCCUUCCCAGCCAGGGCUGGCUUCCUCAAGAGAAAAGUGUGCGGCAGCUCCUGUGUACAGAUCCCAAAUGCAAAAUCUGCAAUACUGUGGCUCAGGAGAUUCAGGAGUUGUUAGAGGUUGACACCAACCAGUUCUCCACCACAAGUGUGUCUUUUGAACAGAAGCUGAAGCUUCAUCCUCAGCACUCCAGAGAAACUGCACUACAAUCUGUUACCCCAAGAGUAACAGAACCCUUCGCUGAGUCAACUGGUGUAGUUGAAAUCCGUGAAUGCUGGGCUGAUCACCUCCAACUAGGGCAGGACAUUCAAUUGCCAGAGGUGUCCCUGGGCUCAGAGACUGUGGCUUCUUCAAGGCUUGAGGAAACUGCAAUUAUAGUGAAUGAGCAGGAGACACAGGUCACCCCUAACGAUGUCCAGGGGACUCAGGAUCAUUCCUCUUUGAAUCUGCAGGUCCCUUUCUCAUGCCAAAAUCUAGAGAUCACAUGCCUGACUCAUCCUAUGGCUAUGCAGAUUGUCCCCAGGAUCCACUUGCCUUUUGUCAAAGCUGACAUACUCAGGCUUCUUGAGUUACAUGUUAAAAAAUGGGUGCAUUUUCAGAGGUGGGGACUCCCCAGACGUGUGGAGCAGUCCCUAAGGCAACUUAUGCCAAGUCCACCUAUGUGUUACCAGCCUGAAACUAACCAACCAGUUCCUUUUAUCCUGAGUAAUACUCCUCAGACAUGCAUACGUGGAUUUGGGACUAUCUGCCAUGAGACAUGGUGUCCCUAUGUGGCUGGCCAACACCUCCAGAUCUUUUGGGUUUCUGAAUGGUCUACUACUGACCCAGUACAAAGGCACCACUACCAACAUAUCCAAAAUCCGAAGGCAAUAACCUUACCCUCUCCUACUGUUAAAGUCUUAGAGGGUCUCUGUCCACUAUUUGGUGAACAGACUAAUAGCUCAAGGAGCAAUCUGCAGCAAAAGCACUACCAGCUGUUCUGUGGCCUCCCUUCUCUGCACAGUGAGUCUCUGGUUGCCACUUUAUUAGAUCCUCAAAGUCUCUCCAAGAAUAUGUCCAGUCCAUUUGUGAAGGAUCAUCACCUCUUCAAGGAGUUCUCCUACCUCCCCUUACUGAGUCAGCCCUGCCUUGAGUCACCCCAGCCCUCUUCCCCACCUUGUCCAACAGAAGAGUCUCCAAGUCAGCAUCAAGAGACUCCAAUCAUCCCAUUUCUGACUCAGGCUGAGUGUGAAGCCUUGGAAUGGCACCUGCUGCAGAGGCAGCUCCAGCUUCAGUGGGGCCUGCCAGCUGCCUUCCAGAGACCCCAGCAUGCACAGAGCCCCAUGCAGUGUGAAAUGUGCAACAAAGCCCAGUCUCUCAAGAUUCAGAAAACUUUACGGUCAGAGAAGCUCUCAAUCCUCACCAGAGAACUUUUCUUCUUCCCAGAGCAUUCCCGCAGGCUGCUGGGAUUCCACCUCCAGAAACACUUGAUUCACCUUCGCUGGGGCCUGCCUGAGAAGAUCCAGAAGUCCAUCCAGUUGCUCCUUUCCUCCACGGGCCAGCAGCCCCUGUCCUGGAGCAGCAGAGCACUACCCAACGUGAGCACCUCCCAGCCUGGGGCCCCAGAGGCCAAAGGAGAUGGCUGUGUCUUCUCCCCCAUGAUGUCAAAAGUGUCUGUCCCCAUGCCACAUUUGUUUGUACAAGCUCAGGCAAUGUUGCAAAGCCACAUUGACUCCAAAUGUGGGCAGAUCCACCAGGGCAAGGUCCCUGUUCUUGUACAUAGUUCCUGGGAAUGCAGAAUUCCUGAGGUGCUAGCAAUGGCUCCCUUCCCUGACAUGCUGCAAGGGCAGCUGCUGGAGCUGAAAGCAAGUGAUCCUAAUCUACAUCACAAAAUGAUGCCCUGUGAGCCAAUGGCCCUUGGCCAGCAGCCACAGGCCUUACUGGGUAGUGUCAUUGAACACCAUAUGCUGCCCCAAGCCUCAUCUGAGGAAACCAUUGAGAAACUGGAGACAACUUUACGGCAUAAGUAUCUGGCCUUCUUGUCAGGCCUGCCUGCUCUUUACUAUGUGGCUCUCUCUAGAGUUACAUCCCCAGUACCCACUAGCCAACCUGUUACCACAGAGAUGGUGCCUGAGCCUAUUAAAAUCCCACAGGAGCCUCUGGCUCAGAUGCUCUCACUUGAAGCCUUAGUCAAGAGGCCUGAGUCAGGCUUUCAAGAUGAUAACAAACCUUGUGAAGUCACUGUAGAAAAGUCCCAGGCUGAAGUGCAGGUGGAAGCAGAAACAGAAAUGGCACCACCCAAGGGACAGACAUUUCCUGCCAGCCCUUGCUUACUCAAUGCACGUAUACUUGCUAAAUUAAAUUUCCACAUGAAAAAAAAGGUCCUAGAGAUACAACUGGGGAUUCCUGAAGGUGCAAGGAAGUCCAAAGAACCACAUGCAGCAGUUCCAGAGAACAUAUCCACACAGGAGGGUAAUCAGAGUAAGCAACACCAAGGAAACACAGCGCUCCAGGAACUAUCUACUCCUCUUCACUCUCCUCCCACCCCAGCUUCAGAGUGGCUCCACCCUAAAGAAAAGCAGGCCUCUGAGCCACAGGCAAUGCAACACAACCAAAAGCACCCUGGUCUGAAAGCAGUGCCCCAUGAUCUUGCACCCUGGAGCUCUGAGAUCCCCCAACUUGGUGGGGACAUGCCUGAGGCUCCGGUGCUUUGUGUUCAGGUUCAAACCAAUGUGAGCAACCCCAGCCUGGAGAAACCCAGGAGCCCUGAGCCCCAAAGCCCAGGGAAAAGCAAGGACUCUGCCCAUGUGUCCAUGCUGGCAAGAAAGAGGGAGGACCCAGGGAAGCUGGAGGCAGCAGGGGACUUUGAAGGAAGAGAUGCAGGGUUCGGGCUCUCCUCUGCCAUGGAGGAAGUUCAGCCAUUGAAGUUCCAUGGCAAAGUUCAGAGACCAGAGGGGAUACUUCUGAACAAGACACCCCAAGGCUCCUGGCGAUGGAAAUAUGGCUUUCAUCCUGUAAAUCCCUGUAAACACAGCCCCCAGAGUCACCCACAGCCUAAGUUCCCAGAGUCGAUUCCUAGAAGAAGAGACUCUGAACAUAAGACUCUGAGCAUGCCACACCGACAAACCAAGCCAAAUGGCAUCCUCUCACCUGAAAGGAUCCCCAACAAUGCCCAGCCUGUGGUGGCCCAGGCUCCCCAAGGCCAGCCCUUCCUGGACCAAACAACUCAGGAUCAGCCUUUGCAGAGCCCAGCUUGCAAAGGUCGGGUUUUGAAGGGGCCCAAGAUGCCGGCCCAUAUUCUAAAGGAGGCCAGACUUGCAGAUACUGGCCUGAGAGGUAAGAUAAAAUCCUUUCUAUACCGCAUGAGCCCUGAGAUGACAGGCAAAGGGCACCUGGAAUCCACAUCCUGUACAGCUGGCAAGGAGGCCAAACCCAGAACACAAAAUGUCCUAAGCAGCCUGGCUCACACCCCAAGUCCCACGAAGAGAAUCAAGACAGAGAAGGCAAUGGCACACCCCAAGGUCCAGUCUGCUCCUACUGAGAAAUCAGUGGGUGCAGCCUCCUUAAGUGGUUCCCCUUCCCCAGGCAAUAAGCUUCGCCUGCGCUCCAGACCACAAGGCUCUGCCUCAGUGCAAGGCCACCCCCCAAUGCCCUCGGCUUCUGCCACCAAACAAGGGAAUGUACCCUAG